AUGGAGAAUAAAUCUGCGCCUCUCAACUGUACCCCGCCGGCCAUUUUCCAGUUUCCCAGUUUUAUCUUCACCCAGGAACAACGCGAGAACGGAGUCAUAGUGCUGCACGUCAUAGUUGCAGCGUACAUGAUCAUCUGCUUAAUGCAGAUAUGCGACCAUUAUUUUGUGUCCUCCCUGAAAUGCAUAUGUGAAAUUUUAGGUCUUCAACCGGAUGUGGCCGGCGCAACCUUCAUGGCCAUUGGGACGUCAGCCCCAGAAUUCUUCACUGCGAUAAUAGGCACCACCGUAGCAAAGGAUAACAUCGGUCUCGGUACCAUGGUCGGAUCGGCAGCUUUCAACCUGGCGUUUCUCAUAGGACUGUGCGCUCUCGUAGCGGGAACGGUCGGUCAUUUAGAUUGGUGGCCUUUACUGCGUGAUUCAAUGUGCUAUAUUAUCAGUGUCAUUGUCAUCACCUUGAUGAUUUCAGACAGUUUAGUUUAUUGGUACGAAUCGACGAUGUUGAUUGUGCUGUAUUUCUUGUAUAUUUUACUAAUGUAUAUGAACCCGAAAAUAACGAAUCUGAUAAAAGGAAGUGACGUACGGUCACCGGAAGGGGAAUGUCACAGAUUGGAUACGAAGGAAGAUAAAAACUACAAAUCUACUGUGGCCGAGAACACGGACAAUCUAACGAAUGGGUUGGUCAGCACAUGUGAUGGAGACUCUUUGAUUAACAGUCAUUUGGAGAAAAACACCGAUAACGAUGCUGGUAAACGCGAAGAUGGAAACAAGUCAAAACAGAAUAAAACUCACCGGGAAACAACUGGAUUAAAUACCAGUACUACGCAAGGUGUUUAUAAAUGUUGUAAUAAGACAUGCCAUGAACCAACUAUUCACAAUUCGUACGGCUUUAAACACAUUGAACCGACACCGUUGUUUGAACCACCGGAAUCAUGCUGUCGGCGAUUGAUAUGGGCCAUCAUGCUUCCGAUGUCCAUCCUUUUCUUCAUCACCAUCCCAGACUGUCGCAAAACAAAAUGGCGUCAGUGUUUCAUGUUGACUUUUCUCAUGUCGACGGUAUGGCUGAGUUUAUUAUCGUACAUUCUAGUGUGGACUGUCACCGUUACAGGCUACACCAUUGGUGUGUCCGAUGACGUCAUGGGAUUAGUAUUUCUAGGCCCUGGAACAAGUGUACCAGACCUAAUGGUUAGUUUAAUUGUAGCAAAAGAAGGUUUCUGGGACAUGGCUGUGUCGAACUGUAUCGGAAGUAAUGUUUUCGAAAUGUUACUGUGCCUCGGCGUGUCUUGGCUCAUCUCCUCGUUCCUACCUCCGUUUAACGUUCAUCAUCACACCGUCAAAAUGCUAGAAAAUGGACUGACGUAUAUAUCACUAAUGCUACUGGGUACCAUCCUGGCGGUCAACGUAGCCAUUGUUUGCAAUAACUACAAAAUGGACAGGAAACUUGGAGUUUUUCUCAUAUGUUGCUAUGUAGCGUUUGUCGUUAUUUCUGUCAUGUACGAAAUGAACAUAUUUGGAGCUGUGAGUCUUCCGAUGUGUACAUCUGCCGGGUAG